AUGGAUAAUCCGCAAAUCAUUCUUGGACUACUUUAUGAAAGUAAUUAUGGAAUUGAAGAAAAUAAGAAUGAAACAUUUAAAUGCUGGUCCUUUACAACUGCAAAAGUUAUUUAUACUCACUGGAUUAGUGAAAAAUGGAAGUAUAAGCAUGAUAAACAUGAACUAAUACAAGGUUUUUUAAUGGCCACUUAUAGUAUUAUGAUAGUUGGACCAAUUAUUUAUGCGUUAAUUAGUUGUCACGGAGAAUGGUUUAUGAUACUUAUAUCACUUGGACAACUAUCUGGAUGGGGUUUUUCAAUAAUUAGUAAAGGUAUCAUGUCUGAUAAAAGUGAUGCAAAAGAAGCUCGGGAACUUCGUGAAGUUAAAAAUAAAAAAAUACGUGAAAAUUUUACGUUUUUGCAGAGAGUUGGAAAUUGGACCCGCAUCGUAAAGAAUGAUGAAAUACAAGCUAUAAAUAGGGAAAUAGACGGCAUAAAUGAACAAGAAAAGAAAAAGCGAAAAUUAGAUCUUCUUAUUAUAUAUUCGGGUGUAAUUAUAGUAUUUUUAUCAUCUAUUCUUGGUUGGAUAGGUACAACAGGACUACUUUAUUAUUUGUAUAAGAUAGAAGGAAAGAUUGUUCUUUGGACAUGUAUAAUAUAUGCAGUAGCAAUAUUAUCAAUAGUAUUAGCGGUUAAAGGUUAUACCUAUUUUCAAGUGUUUGCAUUAUACUUUACAGUAAGUUUACAUAUCGUAAUAACAUGUAUUUUGAUUGCUAUAACUAAUGGUCAUUGGAUUGGUAUUGAGACUGUAAUUAAAAAAGCAAUUUCAACUGUUUUUGUUAUUGGAAAUUUUUUAUCUUUAGUUGAAGAAUUUUUUAUCAGAUUAAACUAG